UCAAGCCACUGCACGAAGUUGUGAGCUACAUGAAGCUAAAUUUGUAGGUAUUUUCACAUCUUUUUCCCUGCCCUUGGUCCUACUCUUAAAUUGACAGGUGCCUAAUGAAGACCACAAAGGGUGUUGUGGAAGCAUAGUUCCGGGUCAUAAACAGCAUUGCCGUAGCUCCCUGUUCCCUCUCUUUCCAGGACUACUCGCUGUCAGUUCCCUGCUACCACAAUUUCCAUGCCCGAGCCAAUGAUCUGUGCUGCUUUGCAGCCAAUCUGUGGCUUUAUCAACGAAACAGGGGUGCCUGCAGCCACUGCAAAACGCUUCUCAUCUUUCGCCUGCAUCAAGCGCAACCGCAAACUCCUUAGAAAAGCUAGAGAAGACCUGCAAGCUAUUCGGAAGGUGGUUCAGGGACAAGUUGAUCUCGAGACCAACAAUCUCGAUGAGUGUGAUCCUCGAGUCAAUUUGUGGCUGACAAGGGUAGCCAGUGUCCGAGUUGAUUCCAUCGACCAAGAAUAUGAUAGAUUGAUUCAGUCCUCCUGGUUAUGCCGUUCAGUUCUGGGCCUUGGAAAACGAUAUCAUCUUGGCAAGCGUAUUGUUGAGAUGCUAGAGGAUAUUGCUGGGCUUAUCGAGGAAGGGAACCAAUUUAAAACGUUUUCAUCUAAGCGUUUGCCAGAUUUUGUUGAGGAGCGACCACGGACACAAACCUUUGGCAUCAAGCAAGUGCUGAGGGAUUUGUGGAAAUCAUUUGAAAGCACUGAUGUGAGCAUCAUUGGAGUGUGGGGUCCAGGUGGCGUUGGGAAGACAACACUCCUUAACAACUUCAAUAAUGAGCUCAAGGCAUGUGGACGGGAUUACCAGGUGGUGAUCAUGAUUGAGGUGUCCAACUCUGGAACUCUAAACAAAACAGCAAUCCAGCGCACAAUCACAGACCGCCUUGGGUUGCCAUGGGAUGACAGAGAAACAGAGGAAACUCGUGCAAGGUUCUUAAUGAAAGCACUGAGCAGAAAAAGGUUUGUGAUUUUACUGGAUGAUGUCUGGAACAAAUUCCAACUAGAAGAUGUUGGGAUACCUACCCCUGAUUCCGAUAGCAAAAGCAAGCUGAUUCUCACAUCACGUAAUGUGGACGUGUGCUAUCAAAUGGGAGCUCAACAGAGCUUGAUCAAGAUGGAGUACCUAGAAAAAGAAGCAGCAUGGGAGCUCUUCCGAAGCAAUUUGAGCACUCAGGCAAUUACAGCCAUUGAUUCAUCUGGCCCCAACAAUGUUGUAAAAGAAUAUGCUGAUGCAAUUGUCCAAAGCUGUGGUGGUUUGCCACUAGCACUCAAGGUAAUAGGGAGCGCUGUGGCAGGGCUAACAGCACCAAAGGAAUGGAUUUUGGCAAUGCAAGCAACCAAGCAUGACAUCAAGGACUUGGAUGGAAUACCAGAAAUGUUCCAUAAGCUGAAAUAUAGUUAUGAUAAGCUGACACCGAAGCAGCAGCAGUGCUUCCUGUAUUGCACCCUUUUCCCUGAAUAUGGCUCAAUUAGAAAAGAUAACCUUGUGGAAUACUGGAUGGCAGAAGAAUUGAUACCUCAAGAUCCCAACAGAGGCCAUCGCAUAAUUAGUCGCCUGCUCUCGGCAUGUUUAUUGGAGAGCUGCGGGUCUGAUUUAGAGGUGAAAAUGCACCACAUUAUUCGUCAUCUGGGAUUGUUCCUUGCAGUGCAGCAAAAGAUUGUCGUGAAGGCUGGAAUGAGCUUGGAGAAGGCACCACCACACAGAGAGUGGAGAACAGCAAGAAGGAUAUCACUCAUGUACAAUGACAUAAGGGACCUUGGUAUAUCACCUGAAUGCAAGGAUCUUGUAACUUUACUGGUCCAGAAUAAUCCUCGCUUGGAUAGGCUGAGUCCGACCUUCUUCCAAUCGAUGUACUCUUUGAAGGUUCUUGAUCUUUCACACACCAGGAUUACAGAACUUCCUUUCUGUAGCACAUUGGCAAAGCUUAAGUACCUCAAUUUGUCUCACACAUUCAUUGAGAGGCUUCCUGAAGAAUUCUGGAUGCUAAAAAAACUAAGACAUCUAGAUUUAAGUGUUACCAAGGCACUGAAAGAGACCUUAGACAACUGUUCCAAGCUAUAUAAGCUAAGGGUGCUAAACCUCUUCCGAAGCAACUAUGGGAUUCGUGAUGUUAAUGACCUGAACAUUGAUUCCUUAAGGGAACUGGAAUUCCUUGGGAUCACAAUAUAUGCUGAGGAUGUGUUAAAGAAGUUGACAAAUACACAUCCUCUAGCAAAGUCAACACAACGCCUUAGCCUCAGGCACUGUGAACAAAUGCAGUCAAUCCAAAUAUCAGACUUCACACAUAUGGUGCAACUUCGAGAACUCUAUGUUGAAUCGUGUCUUGACUUGAUACAACUUAUUGCUGACCCUGACAAGGGAAGAGCUUCUUGCCUGGAAGUUCUCACCCUUGCUAAACUCCCUGCCCUCCAAACAAUUCUUAUUGGAUCUUCGCCCCAUCACUUUCGCAACCUCCUAGAAAUAACAGUAUCCCACUGCCAAAAAUUGCUUGACAUCACCUGGGUUCUGAAGCUGGAUGCACUUGAGAAGCUUUCUAUCUGUCAUUGCCACGAAUUGGAGCAAGUUGUUCAAGAAACAGUCAACGAGGGCAAUAGGAGAGGGGGCAUUGAGCACAGCACAAUUCUGAGAUCUGGAAGAAUAAAUGGUUUCUCUGAAGAACAGGAGAUACAUGGUAUGGUAGAAGGUGCAAAUAAUCAACAUGUAAAUGGCUAUCAGAACAAGAUGGAGAAUGAGUGGAUCAAGGGCAUGCAUCAUGUGGACUUCCCAAAACUGAGAACAAUGGUCCUGACAGACCUGCCGAAGCUAACGGCGAUAUGCAAUCCAAGAGACUUCCCUUAUCUUGAGAUUAUUAGAGUGGAGGGUUGCCCACGUUUGACAACACUUCCACUGGGUCAAAUGUAUGACUGCCCAAAACUAAAGCAGAUUUGUGGUUCAUAUGACUGGUGGGAGAAGCUAGAGUGGAAUGUCAAGGAGAUAAUGGAAAAUAAGUAUUUCACCCCCAUCAAAGAUGGAGACUAGCACGCUCAUGAAACUAUUUAAACCCUAUCUGUAAAUUCAUUUAUUCUCUUUAUGUGUCCAAAGUCAUAAAUAAGUAGCUUUUGGAUAUGCCUAUUUGUUUAUGUACAUAGAAACUGUAUAUAUUAUAUACAAACUGUAAAGACUGUAUAUCUUGUACAUAGAAAGUUUAUAUAGUGUAACAAACUAUAAAGGCUGUAUAUCUUUUUUUUGAGGUGUAACGGGGGGGAGAGAGUCCCCACCAAUUUUCAUUCAUAGGAGCUUAUUGCAAGGUCAUUAAACCCACUAGUUCAGCAAUUUUACAAAAGGAGGAGAAGGCUGUAUAUCUUAUACAUAGAAACUGUACAGAUUCUACAUGUAGUGCGCGCAUUGUACUAUUUUGGUAUGCAAGCCAACUAUAUAAAUGUUAAAUUGCUCAGAUACCAAUGCAUUUAUCCUUCAUAUUCAUGCAGUGCUUCCUGCAUUUCGUGGCAGUUGAGCUGAUUAACCAUUCAGUUGCCCUCUAAAAAUUCAGAAAGAGCGGCCUAAAACAUAAUUACCAUUAUUGUAGCUCAAAUUUAUUAAGUGGGCAAAUUUGUUCUUUAGUGGAAGAAUCAACUGCAGCUGCGCACU